UCUGCAGUUGUGUUCAUUGUUGGAAGUGGGAUGUACACUAAGAACGCCCCUCAGGGCAACAUCUUGGUCAAAGUCUGCAAAUGCAUCGGGUUUGCUAUCAAGAGCCGCUUUAGGCAUCGUGCUCCUGAGUACCCGAAGAGAGCCCACUGGAUGGACUGGGCUGAGGAGAAAUACAAUAAACUCCUGAUUGCUCAGGUGAAGAUGGUGCUGAAGGUGCUGUUCCUCUACAUCCCUCUGCCAAUGUUCUGGGCUCUC